CUCCCCCUUUGCUAGCUUGAAUCUGCAACUUCUGUGCCACUGUUCACUUGCCUUGACAGUCGGGAAUUCCAUUUCAAGCCAAUGAAUACAUAGAUACCCCUUCUGCAACGUGAAUAUAAUGGGCAAUUUUCUUGGUUAUACUGAUCAUAACCACAACAUCAAACCUGCAGAUCAGAAUUGUUAAGGACAGCAGCAUUAAAUGUGAAGUCUCGCAACUUCCACAGCCCCACAUCGUCACUGUCACCUUACUUAUAGACUUAUAGUACAUAAAUUGAACCACAAGAUCUCUGCUAACUAUUCCAGUACAAGCUUAUCUACGAACCGAACUUCAUUUAACCAGCAUGGAGGUGAUGAGAAGACAGGUUGAUGGAAUCAAUGGUGGUGCUGCGGUUUAUCCACACAAGGCCGAUAAGUUGGAGAUAAGCACAGCUCUACAGAUUGAGCCUACAAUGUCUAUACACCUCAAGUUCCAAGAUGUGAGAUACACGGUUGCAGCAAGAGGAGGAGGAAGCCAAUCCAGAGCAGAAAAAUGCAUACUUCAAGGCGUGCGCGGUUCAGUCUGUCCGGGGGAAGUUCUUGCUCUAAUGGGACCUUCUGGUGGUGGUAAAACUACUCUGCUAAACCUUCUUAGCGGACGCGCCAAAAUCAAUGGCGGCACCAUUACUUACAAUGAUCAUCCAUAUAACAAGUCUUUGAAGCAAAGGAUUGGGUUUGUGCUGCAAGAGGACAUUGUGUUUCCCCACCUAACAGUGAAAGAAACAUUAACUUAUGCUGCUUUGUUACGCCUGCCGAAAAAACUGUCCACAGAACAGAAAAAGGAAAGAGCUUUGAGUGUCAUAUGUGAGCUUGGCCUUGAAAGGUGCCAGAACACAAUAAUUGGAGGGGCACUUAUCAGGGGAAUUUCUGGAGGCGAAAGGAAACGAGUCUGCAUUGGCAAUGAAAUUCUGCUAAACCCAUCACUUCUGUUCUUGGAUGAACCAACAUCCGGUUUGGAUUCAACCACAGCUCUACGAAUUGUCCAGAUGUUACAUAAUAUUGCUAAGGCUGGGAAGACAGUGGUGACCACCAUACAUCAACCAUCGAGUCGAUUGUUCAUCACAUUCGACAAGCUGAUUCUGUUGGGAAAAGGGUGCUCUCUGUAUUCUGGAAAAGCCUCAGAAGCUAUGGUGUAUUUCUCAUCAAUUGGCUGCUCUCCCCUUAUUGCCAUGAACCCUGCAGAGUUUCUCAUUGAUCUUGCAAAUGGGAAUAUCAAAGACAAGUCUUUCCCUUCAGACAUCGAGAGCAAAUCAGUGCCUGGAAACCAAGAUUCUGAGCCUUCCCCAUCCGACGUCCACGAGUAUCUUGUGGGGGCUUAUGAGUCCAGAACUGAGGACAUGGAGAACUGGAGAGUUCUGAAUCCAAUUGUGAUUGAGGAGAAUAAUGUUGAGCAAGUGGGAGCAACAUGGUGUGAACAAUUCUCAGUUUUGCUGAGAAGAGGGUUUAAAGAGCGGCGCCAUGAAUACUUCAGCACUCUUCGCAUCACACAAGUCAUAAUAACAGCUUUGAUUGCCGGACUACUAUGGUGGCCCUCAGACGUUCAAUCUCCCAACAGAGUUGCAGAUCAGGCAGGACUGUUGUUCUUCAUCUCAGUAUUCUGGGCAUACUUUCCACUUUUCACAUCCAUAUUUACAUUCCCACAAGAAAGGGCAAUGCUAAUGAAGGAGAGAUCAGUGAACAUGUACAAACUGAGUGCCUAUUUGGUAGCCAGAAGCAUCAGUGAUAUUCCUCUUGACCUUUUCUUGCCUGUCAUAUUCUUGACCAUUGUCUACUUCAUGGUCCACUUGAAGAUGACAUUCCUUGCCUUUUCUUUAACUCUGCUCACAGUUUUCCUUAGCAUUAUUGCAGCUCAGGGCUUAGGAUUGGCUAUAGGCGCGGCUUUCAUGGACGUCAAAAAGGCCACAACCUUUGCCUCAAUUGUUACCAUGGCAAACAUGUUGUCUGGGGGCUUCUUCAUCCAAGAAGUGAGGGCAUCCACGGGUUGGCUUCGUUACAUUUCUAUUAACUAUAAUACACACAAGUUGCUGUUGAAUAUUCAAUACAACUGUUCAGAACCGAUCUCUAGAUCAGUCGUUUGUGACUCUUCUUUCAUCAAGAAUCGAAAACUUGGAUCAAGCCAAAUUGAAGUUGGAUAUUUAUUGACUAUGAUUAUUGGUUAUAGAAUUUUAGCCUAUCUUCUCUUGAGAGGAAUAAAUUAUAAAUGUAUAACUUCUUAA